AUUGUGAAUCAAUACUGCAGGGUAAAAUUAACAUUUCCGGAAUGUUAUUUUAACUUUUUCGGAUUUCUCUCACUCAGUGCGUAAAUGUUUAUUUUACCCUUCAGUAUUGGUCCGAAAUCGGUGUAAAUAUUAUGCUUUUUGGGUGUAUUAUGGGUCUAAAAUUACCCUUUUUAAUGUUAAAUUUACCAUUAAAAAGGUGUAAAAUUAACAUUAAAAAAUGUUGAUAUAUUUUUACACCUAAAAAGUGUUAAAAUUAUGAGGAAAAAAAGUUAAUCGAUCCCCCGUUUUUUUCUCAGUGAGGAGUUGAAGGAAAAUUAAAAUAUAAGUUUGAGUUUUUGAUCUGGCCGUGAAGCGUCAAUUAUCCAAAUUACCAAUCUAUCAAAAUCUGGGAGUAUCACUAACUCGCUUCUUGGACCCAACAAAAUUAAAAUUCAAAAGGAAAAGGUAUCUCACUCAACAUGCCCCUCCUCUUCCCUAAUAGUUUUAGUUUUUGCCUCUAUAUCUAUAGCCACCUUUUUUAUUGGAAAUAACUAAACAAGAUAAACAAAUAAAAAGGUGGCACAUUUUUGUUGAUUUUACAAUUUCCUGUGUCUAUAACCUGAUAAAUUCAGGGGAUAUUUUGUAAUUCAAUUAAAAUGACAAAAUCACCACAAUUUUCCUCCAAUUCCUAAUCACUUUUCCAUCAAUUUAGCUGCUUUAUUUACAGAAAGCAACGCACACAUCUCCACAAAAUUUAUAUCUUAAUCAUAAAAAGGUGAUUUUAAGAGGUUCGAUAAGAAAAAAUCACCCUUAUCACAGGUGAUACGGGGAAAAAAGUAGUGAAAUUCCCCUUCGUAAGAAUUACGCUAAUUUUUGGCUUUGUUUUCGUAUCUUCCGAAUUUUCUUCCCAAUAUGCUUUGUUAAUGAAUUUCUAUCGUUUACCAAUUUUUGAUCUCACUCACACCCGGACACUGUCUGGCUGUCUGUUGGUCGUGUAUAUUGGAGGAGUUUCAAUUGACUGUGGAGGCCGCAGACAGAGCAGGGCGGGAAAGCACCGUACGGGACUUACAUGAUCCACGCGGAGAGUGAGAGAGUGCGAUACUCAGUACUUUGGUAUAAAAGCUCACACCGCGAACUUGUGAGAUUAGUUCAAUCGUGGCUGUUAUGAGUUGCUAGACAAAUCACGUAUCAGUUUUAGUUGUAUGUUUUUUAACACUGAAAAUGGUGAUAAAGAUGAGUGAACGCAGUAAAUCUCCAAUGGCGCGCAAAGAGGUCAUUGGGAAUCGCAAGGAGAUUCGAAUCGGAAAGAAUGAUGCCCAUUUGCGAAUUGUGGGCAAUGACAAUCGUGUCCUAGUUAAAUUCAACAGUGGCUUUGUGGAUGUCGUUGGAAAUUCAUCAAAGAUUAAGGUGCUUAGGAAUGAUGGUGAUAUUCAGUACACCGGAAAUAGUGGACGCAUAAGUCUUGGCUCGGACAGCACCAAUACUCAUGUUCACUACACUGGAACAGAUGGACGAUUAAAGUUAGUCAAUGAAGAGGAGCUUGUGAUGUCAUCAAAGAAAAAAUCCCCUCAGAGCAGAAAUGUUGCACAUGAGAAAGACAGUGAACAAAAGCAGAGGAAUCAGGAAAAACUCUUUCCCGACAUCACCAAUGUGAAAAUUAACAACAAUUCCGGAAAUAUCGUCAUAAACAACAUUAUCAUUUCAUGAGAAUCUCAUUAAUGUACAUUUAAUUUAUUUAUUGUUUUCAUCAAUUAUAGUGCCAAGUUACAAUAGUUUACAAUUAAAUGAGCGAUACAUGAACUUUUCCAUUGAGAAAAACAAAUCUUGUGGUUUUGGAAAAUUUCUCAUGAUUUUCUUAAGCUCUCUGUCCAACUCUAAAUCAUCAAAAUCGGACUAUACAAACAUUUUACUUGAACAUGUCUUGCCAAGUUUAGCAAAUUUAUGCAAUGUGUACAAAUGAAUUUAAAGGAAUAUUUUCGUUACGAAAAACUAAUUAUCUUGUAAUAAAAUCUUUUUUUUAAGCA